AUGAUCACGGCAUCAGAGGUGCUUAGUCCCACAAUCAUGGCUGAGGCUGCGAUCUGCCAGGUCGUGAUGUUAAUCAGAUCCGACAUCCAAUUUGCUGUUUGCGUCCGAGAACGUUGCUGGAUAGUCACCAUGUUGAUUGUCUGCUCUGAGGUCAUUUUGGCCCGGGCAUCUACAUCACCCUUCAGUCUUUUCACCUUUGAUCACGAUUCUUUCAUCAUGGCCACGGACAACAGCUUUCCCGUCAUAAGCUUCUCCUCCUAUCAUAAUGAAUUCGAUGCUUUUGCUAGGGAAGUCUUCUCGGCCAGCCAGAAUUGGGGUUUCUUCAUCCUGACCGACCACGGGAUCCCCCAAGUGGACGAUAUGUUUGACAUGUCUAAAGAGUUCUUCGACCUCCCCAUGGAACAAAAAGCAACGCACAUUAUUGACGGCACACUAACAGGCUACGAUGGCAAAAAGCUCACCACAUUUGCUGCAUCUGAAGGCAUAAGCUUUGGCAUGCCAGCCGGCUCGGUUCUUACUCACACAAACCUGCCCAACUGGUGGACUGCGUCCAAGCGCCGUGAUAUCGAGAGUUUCAAGAGUAGCUGCUACGGCCUCAGCCUGGCCAUCAUCUCCACAUUUGCCUCUCAACUGGGCAUCGAGAAAACUAGUCUCACGAAGUUCCACAAGCAAAGCGCACCAGGAAACGUGUUGAAGUUCAUCAAGUACCCCCACUUCGACGAGAAACCUGAUGCAAUCCCCCGCUUGUCGGAGCACACCGACUGGGGCAGCAUCACUUUUGUUUUCACCGAGAAGUCAGGCCUCGAGAUCCGUGAUCCAUCGAACAACUGGUUCCACAUCCCCGUCAUACCUGGCGGUGUUGUUGUCAAUAUUGGUGAUGCGUUGUCGCUCUGGUCCAAUGGGGCUCUCAAGUCAACAAUGCAUAGGAUCAGUUGGAAAAAUCUGGAUAUUGCGGAAGAUCGGCUUAGUAUUGUUUACUUCACCCAUCCGAACAACGACGCAAUUCUUAGCUCAUUGACCGAGAGCGAAAAGCCUGACGCCGAGGCCCUCCCGCUGACGUACGAGAAGUACCUCAAGAUCCGAUCGGUGUUAACUUACGGUUCACUCAGAGAGCUGAAAGAUGGUGGGGUUCCAUUUGAGGAUAUUGAUCCGAGGGCCCUCGAGCAGGUGAGGGGCCUUUGUGUUGCCAACUCUGGCAUCUUAGAGUCCCACGCUAGGAACAAGGCGGCGUAG